AUGUCAUCUACCGAAGCACCUUCCACUGAAGAACAAUCAGCCGCUAAGGCAUCGUCAGGUGGCGAAAACGAUCCCUCCGCGUUAAAUGCGGAAUACCAGGCUGAGGAUACAGAUAUAACCUUGAGGUCUUCGGAUGGCUUGGACUUCAAGGUUCACAAAUGGGCCCUCAUGGGAAGCUCUAAAGUCUUUCAUGGGAUGCUUACCGUCGAAAACACCGGGAUUGGCGCUACCUUAGAAUUGAUGGAUGAGAAGAUUGAACACUCUCGAAACAUCAAGUCUUUUCUCGAUCUAGCUUACUCGAAGUCGAUGAUACAGUUUCCCCUCAACGGAGAUGAUCGCAGUCCCACACUUGAUCUGAUUGAUUUCCUUCUCACGUACGAAGCGACAUACCCUCUGUUAUGGCUUAAAGCAUCCCUGCAGGCUUUCAUUGCAUACAAUGAUGUCGACCCUCUUGACAUGUUUAUCAUCGGUGUCUCCGAAGGUCACGUGAUCACGAGUAUCUUUCAUGUCACAGGAAAAGGACGCAGAGACACCACUUGGUAUCAGUGGGCGACACGUCCUCGACCUCACAGCUCUGCCCUAUUAUCUCUUCAAAGAUAUUCCAGAUCGGUUUUCUUGGGCUAUGAAUCAAGCUUGCUCCAUUCUAUCGCCGAGAGAGAAUAUAUGGUACGCAUGGCACCAAAAGUAUGCGAAUAA